AUGAUCAUGGAUCAAAUGGUGCGACACCACCUUCCAAGGAAUUUAGCCAAUUUAGCUGCCACUCCCUGCCACAAUCCUUUAGUGUUAUCUCCACCUCAGUCACAACAAACGAACUUGCUAUCACCUAAUGCAUUUAAUUUAUACGCUGCUGCGGCGGCGGCGGCUGUUUCUCAAUCGCGUCGUAUAUUGUCGGCUUCCGUCGCUCAAACUGCAGAUACUGCGGUUUUGGCUGCCUGUGCUCCUGUAGGUGCUCUUGCUGCUCAGCAUCAUUUUUGCCACUUAGCCGCGUCUAAUCAUCUAAUUUUGCCGGAAUUGAAUAACAAAUCUUUAGCAAGUAGACCAUCGGCCGCAACUACUGCUGCUGCCGCUUGCCGACAACAACAAAAAAUCGAUUUACAAAAUAGUAUUCUGCCACUGUGUGAUGGAAUAACGUCAAACUUACCAGCCAGUCCACAAACCGACGGUGAUGAAUCGAACGAGGCUUCAACAUGUGAUGAUAACGAGAGUAAUAAUAGUUCGAGAAGACGUCGAUGCCGCAUUAACUUCAAUGCGUGGCAAUUAGAAGAAUUAGAGGAAGCGUUUUUAGUGAGUCACUAUCCUGAUGCAUUUAUGCGAGAACAACUUGCCUUUAGUUUGGAUUUAAAGGAAAGCCGUGUAUCGGUUUGGUUCCAGAAUCGUCGCGCGAAAUGGCGUAAGAACGAAAACACAAAAAAAGGUCCUGGGCGACCCGCCCAUACUUCACAUCCGCAAAGUUGUUCUGGUGAACCGAUUCCUUUGAAUGAAUUGAAGACAAAAAAAGAGGCUGAAAAACGUACAAGGAUCAACGAAGCCGUGGAACGUCAAGCACGUAAGCUCCGCUUGAAGGAUAUCGAAGUAAAUACGGAAGACUUAAGAGUUGAUUAUUUAACAAAACAUGGAAAAUCAGGUCGUCUAACAGACUCCGAUAAUGAAGUUGACGAUGAUCGAUUGCAUAUCGAUGUAGUGGGUGAUAGUGAAAGUAACCAGGAUAAUGAGUUCGAUUCUGAAUGCAAUUAUGCGUUAAGUUUCGAAAGCACAAGCCAAAGAAGCUCCCUAAGUACUGCAAAUACGUUCGACAAUACGAGUAUUGAAAAUGGCAUUAACGAUCACCUGGAGGAUUCCGUUCCGAUUCCGUGCCGCAACUAUUUGUAG